AUGAACAGCUAUUCCGGCGUCGACGAUAUGAAGAAUAAUAUUGACAUUGAGGCCGGUGAUGGGUUGCUGUAUCCGGGAAUCGGCUACGGCGAGAAUCAGCUCCGAUGGGGUUUCAUCCGCAAAGUCUACGGUAUUUUGGCUGCCCAGAUCCUCCUUACUACUGUUGUCUCCGCCGUGACUGUUCUUUACGCUCCCAUCAAUGAUCUGCUCCGUGGAAAUUCUUGGAUUUUGCUCUUCCUCCUCUUCACCCCCUUCAUUUUGUUGUGGCCCUUGCACAUUUAUCAACAAAAGCACCCUCUGAACUUCGUAUUCCUUGGGCUCUUUACUGCUUCUCUGAGUCUCACUGUUGGCGUGACCUGUGCCAAUACUGAAGGAAGAAUUGUGCUCGAAGCCUUAAUCUUGACAUCAGCCGUAGUUGCGGCUCUGACUGGGUACACUUUCUGGGCUUCUAAGAAGGGCAAGGACUUCAGUUAUCUUGGACCAAUCUUAUUCACUAGCCUAAUUGUAUUGGUUUUUACUGGUUUUAUCCAGAUGUUCUUCCCACUUGGAUCUACCUCUGUUGCCAUCUAUAGUGCAAUCGGUGCUAUAAUUUUCUCUGGUUACAUUGUGUAUGACACUGACAAUCUGAUCAAGCGCUUCACAUAUGACGAGUAUAUCUGGGCGUCUGUCACUCUUUAUCUGGAUGUUCUCAACCUGUUUCUAACCAUUCUGCGGAUGAUGAGAUAUGGAAACAACUAA